CUGAAUCAAUCUCAUCAUCGUUUCACUCGCACGUACUACAGAGAUCAGGCGCGCGCCCAUGGUUUCAUCGAUGAACCACAACAGAGAUCAGGCGCCUCUUUCCCUUUCCCUCUCUCUUGGCGCCGUGGCCGACCGCAAGAAGAAGCUGACGCGUGCCGCGGCCAGAAACGGUGAGGGCGCCGGCGAGUUCGCGUGCAAGACGUGCGGCCGCUCCUUCCCGACCUUCCAGGCGCUCGGCGGGCACCGGACCAGCCAUCUCCGCGGCCGCCACGGACUCGCGCUCGCCCUCGCCGGAGAUCACUACUCCCUCGAGCCCAAGAAGACCACUUCAGACGAUCAGAAGCCGGCAGCGGUACACCAGUGCCAUGUCUGCGGCCUCACCUUCGAGAUGGGGCAGGCGCUCGGGGGGCACAUGCGCAGGCACCGCGAGGAGGCCGGCGCCCUGGCGCAGGCGCCGCCCGUUCUACUCCAGCUCUUCGUCUAGCUCGAUUUAUUGGAGAACUUGAUCUAGUGCAGAGUUCCUGCAGGUUGACCCGGCCUUUCUAAGUUGCUCCACACCCUAUAGUCGUAGCCUCGUAGGCGUUGAUCGCUGGUUCAUUCGUUCCUUUGUGUACAUAUAGCACCAGGACUUGUUCAUUCAUUCGUUCGGAGAUGGUAUACAUUGAUUCAUUCGUUUCUUUUGUUUC